AUGGCCAAAAAAGUUCCACAGACACCCUCUGCAGCUUAUCUUGAAGACUAUGAUGACCAGACAGGCGACGUGGUUGACGGAACACGCCAAAGCGCAAACAUUGCUGCCAGGCGAUCCAAGUCCGACAUAAGACCUGGUGAACUUGUACAUCUUGAUUUUGCCAGUGACUCGGGCUAUUCCAGCCGUACAGCCACAACUGGUGCCAGCGGACAGUCCCGUUCGGGUGGCAGACCUGGAGCCGGUCCUUCAACAGUAAGGACCGCAGCCCAUUCUCGGGCACCGGGACCACCACCACCACCACCGCAACUACACCGUGUCAAGGAAAGCCGAAAGGAAAAAGGAAAACAACGCGAAGAUAAACGAGCAUCAGUCGACAUGAUACACGCCCAGCGACUUGCCAACGGUAUGGCAGCUCCUGUCAGGUCUCCUUCAAAGUCCAACCGUCGGGAAAGUGUAUCCCAGCAACAGCAACCGGAAGUAUGCUGGGACUGUAUGAAUGGCUAUCACAAUGUCCAUGGAAUACAUCCCACAGCCGCUAUGGAUCCUCGGACUGGCUACCCUUCGUACUACUAUCCACAGGCUCCUCCAGUGCAAAAUAUCCCACCCGCAUCUCCUCAGUCUACACAAUUUGGAUACCCAUACGGCCCUGAUGUCAUGAUUGCACAGUCUCGGCAACGACGACCCAGCCGUUCUGCCGCUUACCAUUCCGACAAUAGGCCUAUGAGCUACCACAGCGGGAUGCAAGAAGCAGGGUACAAUCCAGGCGCUCUACAAAUGAGUCAGUAUGAACAACGACCGCCGUCCACUUACUCUGGGUAUUUUACCCAACCAGCAACACCGCGUCAGCAAUAUUAUGCUGAACCGGAUGCUCCAUACCAGGCCAUCUAUGAGCGAUCUCGCACCUCUUCCAUGUCUAGGCCACCAGAGCGAGCCCGUAGAGGCUCCGUUUAUGGUCGCUCAACAUUGGAACAGAUCACGCCAAAGGCUUCGUAUGAAGAAGGUUCGUUCUUAGAACGGCAAACUUCCCGGGAGCAUCGUCCGCGGCGGAUGUCUCAGUCCCAGCGACGGCCAGAAACUUACGAUGAAGACGAGGACUUCUAUCGCAUGCCACCACCUCCACCGCCGAAGCCCAAAGUUGUACAGCCCAAGGUCGUCCAGCCCAAGGCCAAUCCACCUAAGAUUAUUCAGAAGCGACCCGACCUUACUCACAAGCCUGCAACCACUGGAAGUAUGCCACCACCGACAAACCGUCGUAUGUCUCACUCACGAGACUCUUGGGACAUGAAGGACUUGAUGGAGGCUCUACCUCACCAGCAGAUUCGCAAAAUCUCUGCAGCUCCCGAACGUAGCCGAAGCAUGAAAGCCAGAAGGACAUCCUACCAUGAGUCGGAAUCCGGUCGUCAGAUUGCCGUUGAAGAUUCUCGUCGUCGACGUACGCUUUACCAUGAAGAGGAGCCUAGCAUUCGGGAUAUUCGCGAAGUUCGUGAACGUCCUGCGCCGGUCUCUGAAAUGGAACAGAAACAUCGUAACGCUGAAGAAUACCAAGCAGCUAAAUCUGGCAGGACUGGAGUCCCUCUAACGGAGGAUGCCUUACGAAUGAAAGCUAAAAUCGCCCAACGUGUCGAUAGUGAUAGCGGUAGCCAGAAGACUCGAUCCAACAGCAGCCGAGGAAGCGACGCCCGUACGCGGGACGGUAGCGGAGUCGGCUCGAGGGUCGAUGAGGAUGGCGGUUUCACUAUGACCAUGAACGGAAUGACCAUUGGCUUCACUAGUGAGUCGGUUAACGGAAAGAGGAUUCACCUACGAACAAACGAUCAUGGUUCCAUUGGCUUGAAUAUCGAAGGUCGUCGGCCGAAACGGUACAUCAUGCCUGCGAGUUCUGAAUAUACGAGCACUAGCAGCAGAAAGGAAAUCGAAGAUGGGCGGCGCGCUAGAGAGGACCGACGAUCUGAUCGGGCCUCUCGGCGAUCCAGCCGUUCGACCUACAGCGGUCGCUUUGAUUAA